UUCUGGGUCGAUCGAGCGCCGACAGGCCUGAUCUGCUGCCACGCAGGUGCCUGGGGGAGGGCGGGUGCAUCAUCCUGUGUUCACCUGAGCCGCCAGAGCAAAUCCAGCGCAGUCCCCACCGGGCGGCUUUCCUCAGCAGGAGAGGUCGAGCUGGCCGCGGCCCGCGGGCGGACAAGAACCGUGCCAGGGAAGGCUUUGCGGGCUGGCCUGGACGAGGCCUUCCCUCUCCGGCCGUUGCCGCCUGUCGAGGGUUGCCUGCGCUGCGCUGCGAUUCGAGCAGCGGCCGGGCAGCCCAGCAGCUGCUUCCGCAUGGCACCAGCCUGCCACCCUGCCACCAGUCGCCUGCACGCGGCGCACCCCCACCCGGCGCCCUCUACUCCACAUGGCCGGCCGCGGCUGCCUCUAACAGCCUCCCCCGGGCCUGUGCUUGGGCGCGCCUUCCCCGAAACCGCUCCUGCGCCUGUCGUGCUGGCCGUCGCUUGCCCCUUCCUGGCAGGCUGUAACGAGCAAGCACAGACGCAGGCAGCUGCGCCCUGGCACGUUGCCCAUGCAGCGUCGACGUUCCUCGUAUUACACGCUCUGUUCCGCUGCCGUGGCUUCGCCCAGCCAGCCCCGCCAUUGGUGCUCGCUCCGUCUGUCGCCCGGCCGGCCUUCUCCUUCAGGCUUCCCCAUGCCCAGCGCUCAAAGACGAGCCCCAACUCCCAAGCCCGGCGGGCCACCGAGCCCACUGCUGAGUGCUGA